CUGUACAUAAUGGUUUUGUAUUUUUCAUUCCAUUCAUUACAUCCCCUUUGAAUUUCUUUCUUUCUCAGAUUGUCAUUUUCAGAACUCUUAGAGAGACGUUUAUCAGAAAGACAGGUUAGCUACAGGUUUUUGAAAUGGUUUGAGAAGAAAUUACGAUUCUGCAAAGAUGUUAGAUGCCAGCAAGUGGCCAAUUUUCAGUAUUCUUGAGCAGGAAGAUUUAGAAAAAAUAAAGAAAAUUUGUGUGUUUGGAAGCUCAGGAAAUGAAGCAAUAUACAUCACAAAUGAAGAUGAAGUAUUUGCCAUUGGAUCCAACUGCAGUAGCUGUCUGGGAUUGGGUGAUGCCCACAGUAGCUUUGAGCCGAGAAAAGUGGAAGUUUUAUGCAAGAAAAAUAUUGUGGAUAUAGCAUUUGGGAGUGGCCCACAUGUCCUUGCAGUUUCCAAAACUGGAGAAAUGUACAGCUGGGGUCACAAUGGAUAUUGUCAGUUAGGAAAUGGGGGAUCUGGACAGGGUUUAACUCCUACUCUUAUAGGUACAAACAUACAGGGAAAGAAGAUUUUACGAGUGGCUUGUGGCAGCCAUCACUCUUUGGCUCUUUCACAAGAAGGAGAGAUAUUUGCUUGGGGACAGAACAAUUGUGGACAAGUUGGCUCUGGAACAACAACUAAUCAACCAACCCCGAGAAAAGUUGUUGCAGUCAUAGGGUCCAAAAUGGCUUUGUCAAUAGCCUGUGGCCAGACAUCAUCCAUGGCUUUACUAGACAAUGGAGAGGUAUAUGGCUGGGGUUACAAUGGCAACGGUCAGCUAGGACUUGGUAACAAUGUUAACCAACCAAAUCCAUGUCGAGUUCAACAACUGCAAGGUGUCAUUAUAUCCCAGCUGGUAUGUGGAUAUGCCCACACUCUGGCCCUGUCUGAUGAGGGAAAUCUAUAUUCUUGGGGAGCUAACUCUUAUGGACAGCUGGGAACUGGGAACAAAGCUAAUCAGGUGUCACCAUCCAAAGUCAUCAUCAAUGGUGAAAGGAUGGUAGAAAUAGCGGCCAGUCACUAUGCCCACAUCUCUGCCACCAUGACAGAGACGGGGAAGGUCUAUAUGUGGGGUCAAUGUCGGGGUCAAUCUCUGACCUCCCCAAUGCUGACCAAAUUCACAUGUACCGAUGAUGUGUUUUCUGCCUUCUCCUCUCCAUUAGUAACAUGGAGGACCUAUAAUGUGGAUCACAUCAAAGGUUCUAGUAUUGUAGAGAGUUUGUCCAGGGCAUUUGAUGACCCGAUAACUUCUGAUGUGAAGUUUUCAGUCGAAGGACGAGAUAUUCAUGUCCACAAAUCUGUGCUCAAAAUCAGAUGUGAACAUUUUCGUUCCAUGUUCCAGUCGUGUUGGGACGAGGAUGGGAGAGAUUCCAUAGAAGUGAGCCAGUUUUCCUACUCAGUUUACAAAGCAUUCCUACAGUAUCUCUACACAGACCAAGUUAAUCUGAAACCUGAACAAGCCAUAGGGCUGUUAGACCUAGCUAAUGCCUAUUGUGAGCCUCCAUUGAAGCGGAUCUGUGAGCAGAUCAUUAAAAAGGGAAUAACAACAGACAACGUGGCCAUGUUAUAUGCUGCUGCUGUCAAAUUUGAAGCAAAGGAUCUUGAGGAGUUUUGUUUCCGUUUUGCUCUGAACCACAUGACAGCAGUGACUCAAACACAGGCAUUUAGCCAGUUGGACGAAUCUGUGCUGAAGGAAUUUAUACGCAAAGCAGCCAUGUCAGGGGCUUUUAAAUACUGACAACUGGAAUCUGCAGAACAGAGUCACUGUUCUGCAGAUUAGGAAUUUUAAAUGAUGAACAAUACAAACCUUAAAAUUAUUGAUAGUUUUGAAUGAAGACAGAGUUGUACGUUUUGUUCAUUUUAACCAUACUAUGAAAGUCUCUGUUGUGAUUUUAAAAUGGGUGGAAAAUUACCUCCCAAAGAAACAUGAAUGUAAACUUUUUUUAACAUUUGACAAAAACAAAUGCUUAGCACAUUCUGUACAUGUAUUAAAUUUAGCGUAAACAAUAUUUGGCGGAAAUUAAUUUUUGAACAAUUUAGCAUAGAAAUGAUUUAGCCUAUUUCUUAAUGAUCUCAUUAAUGUUUAUGUACAAGACAUUUAGCACUAUACUUGAAUUAGUGAAAGUUUUUAUCCGCCAAAGAUGCUAUUAAGAAUACACAACCAAAUGUAUCAUGUUUGCAGUAUACAGUGAGAUAUGAAGCUUGUUCAUUUUACAAACGGAAGACUUCACUAUUCAUCAUUCCUACUUUUUCACUGUACCCCCUUUGCAACCAGGUUGCAAUGAAUAUAAUAACUGGCCCAUGUGUACAUAAAUUUGCUUGCAUGACAGUAUUAAUUCUCCAACCACUCUAAGUGGAACCAAAUAGAAUUUGGAGGUUGGUAAGGGCUUGCCCCAAAAUUCAGAGAGUCAGAUUUUGUAAACAUCUUGUUGCCUAGCUUUUCUUUUAGAGGUCUGUGUUUGGUCUACUCCCAGUCUUUAUUGUUUCAGUGGAUUUUUGAGCUGAUUACUGUUAGUAUUAAUAUCUUUAAUUUCAAAGAUAUUUUUAUAUGUAGUGUUUUUCAGAGUCAUUGGUGAAACCUAGUUACAGUAAUCUGUCUUGAGAUGUUAAACUGGGUACGUAGGACAGCAUCAUUUUAUAACAAGAGGACAUUGUAUCCAAUUGACAUGUUUAUUUUAAUGUUUAUACAGUAUAUUUGAAUGAAAUUUUAAGGCAAAAAUAAAAAUAAUUAGAGGUGUUAGUAUAUAAUAAUUUGUUUAAAACUUUUAAAUUUUAGCAGUUUUGACAUUACUUUUGGAUUUCAUAUUUGCAAGGUUUCGAAAAUUGCUGAAUCCAUAUACAAGUACAUAUAACUAUAAGUCUUGCCAAAAGCAAAGGGGAAAAUUUGAUUUGGCCAAUAAUAUAAUGUACUAGAAAACCAAGGCUAAUUUAGGAUGUGACCUCUUAGUUUUUUGGCUUUCAGCCCCCCUUCUCCAUAGAAUGAUAUUGUUUUCUAUAGGCAUGCAUUUAUUGUAAUUAGUACUUUCAAAUAUUAUGACAGAUUUGUAAAAUAAAUGGGUAGAGAUGCAUAGGCACCAUAUGCCAAUCAUUAUACAGCAGAUAGUGGUUUUGAAUUAUUAAAGGUUUUAAUUUUUGGUGUUGAGCUAAAAUGGCUUUGAAAUGUGCUUGUAUUAUAUUUCAGGAAAGCAAAUAAAGCAGACUAUCUUGUUAUUUUAUUUCCAGAUUUAAAUAAAUACUGGAUUUGGUUUGUGCAAUAAUGCCAUAUACCUGUUUAAAAUGAUACAACGUAUGUCAUUAUUAACAAAUGUUGUUGAUAUUUUCAGUUGUUUCAUAAAUAAAAAUGUUUAAUUUACA